AUGAAAGCGUUCUUGGUAUUAGCUGCCGUCGCCGCGCUCGGCUCGGCUAGACCCGAGGCGGGAUACAGUUACAACGCGCCUGGAGGCGGCGGUUUGGGCGGACAUGGCGGCGGCCUUGGCGGUAUAAGCCUGGGAGGCGGUGGCGGUGGCGGACAUGGAGGAUUCUCCUCCGGCGGUCUGAGCUCCAGCAGCUUCGGUGGAUUCUCCUCCGGAGGCGGCUCUGGUUUCGGCGGCGGCUCCGGUUUCGGUGGAGGCUCCGGUUUCGGUGGAGGCUCUGGUUUCGGUGGAGGUGCUGGAUUCGGCGGCGGCUCUGGAUUCGGAGGCGGUUCCGGUUUCGGCGGCGGCGCCGGUUUCGGCGGUGGCGCUCUUAUCCAAAAGCACAUCUACGUCCACGUUCCUCCCCCAGAACCCGAAGAACAGCGCCCACAAAUCGUCAGCGGUGGUGGAAUACCCCAGAAACAUUACAAAAUUAUCUUCAUUAAGGCACCAGCUCCUCCCGCACCAGUUGCACCCAUCAUUCCUGCUCAAGCCCAGAACGAAGAGAAGACCCUUGUCUACGUAUUGGUCAAGAAACCCGACGAACAGCCCGAUAUCACCAUUCCCACUGCUGCUCCCACUCAACCCUCCAAACCAGAAGUUUACUUCAUCAAGUACAAGACCCAGAAGGAAAGUGGUGGUGCUGGUGGAAUUGGCGGUGGAAUCGGCGGUGGAAUCGGAGGUGGUAGCAUCGGUGGUGGUAUCUCUGGUGGCAGCAUUUCUGGUGGUUCCAUUGGUGGAAUCGGCGGUGGAAUCGGCGGCGGAAUCGGUGGUGGUCAUGGCAUUUCCGGCGGCAGCAUCUCCGGCGGUAGCAUCGGCGGUGGACACGGUGGAUCUGGUGGUGUCAGCACCUCAUACGGACCCCCUGGCCAAUCCGGCCCUUACUAA